GAAAGCAGAAGAGGAGAGAGAGUGAGAGAGAAGAGGGGGAAAGGAGGCUAGAUCGAGGGAGAGAGGGACCGCCCGCGAUUGCUACGGCCUCCAUCGCUGAGAGAGAGAGAGAGAGAGAGAGAGCUUGAAAGCGUGCUUGCCUGCCAUUCCCAGCUUCCAAUUCCUUUCCUUUCCUUCUUCUUCUUCUUCUUCUUGCCCGUCCACCCAGUACUCCACCACUGCCCAUCCUCCUCCAUCUCCCUCCCUCUCUCUCUCUCUCUCCGGCCACCCCCAUCCCCGCGACGACGCGCAUCGCAUCGACCCCGGCCGCGUCGUACGUGCUCGCCCAUUCCAUACCCAGUCAGUGGAUGUGCCCGGGCUGGCUGCGGGCCCGUCCGAGCCUGCGGCGGCGGCAGUGGAGGACGACAACCCGGCGGGCGGCAGGAGUGGCAGCGGCAGCGGGUAGCCAUCCAACCACGGAGAUGUGGGAGCCCAGAAGGUCGUAGGGGUUCCCUUGAUCUGUGAGUCUUUGAUCAAGGAUGGAGCAGCACCGGGGUCUGCUGCUCGGCGUUGCGCUGGCCUUUUUUCUGCUGGCCUCUGGCUCCCAGGGCUUGAACCAUGAAGGCUGGCUUCUCCUGGCGCUCAAGAGCCAGAUGAACGACACUCUCCACCACCUCGACGAUUGGGACGCGAGGGAUGUAACGCCAUGCAACUGGAGGGGCGUCAACUGCUCGUCGGCGCCCAACCCGGUGGUGGUGUCUCUCGACCUCAGCAACAUGAACCUGUCAGGCACAGUUGCGCCUAGCAUUGGCGACCUAUCUGAGCUGACCCUCCUUGAUCUAUCCUUCAAUGGGUUCUAUGGUAACAUCCCUCCAGAGAUUGGGAACCUGUCGAAAUUGGAGGUGCUUAACUUGUACAACAACAGUUUUGGUGGUGUAAUCCCCGCUGAGCUCGGGAAGCUAGAUAAGUUGGUCACGUUUAAUCUGUGCAACAACAAGCUCCAUGGCCCGAUACCUGAUGAGAUUGGAAAUAUGGCAUCACUUCAGGAGUUGGUAGGAUACAGUAAUAAUCUCACUGGUUCACUACCCCGUUCACUUGGUAAUCUGAAGAACCUGAAGAAUAUUCGGUUGGGUCAGAAUCUUAUAUCAGGCAACAUUCCUGUUGAGAUAGGUGAAUGUGUGAACUUAACUGUGUUUGGUCUUGCACAAAACAAGUUAGAGGGUCCUUUACCUAAAGAGAUUGGGAGGUUGAUCUUGAUGACGGACUUGAUCCUAUGGGGGAAUCAGCUUUCUGGUGUUAUUCCUCCAGAGAUAGGAAACUGUACAAGUCUCAGCACAAUUGCCCUCUAUGACAAUAUUCUAGUUGGUCCCAUACCUUCAACAAUUGUGAAAAUUACGAAUCUUCAGAAGCUAUACCUUUACAGGAAUUCAUUAAAUGGUACAAUUGCGUCUGACAUUGGGAAUCUUUCUCUUGCAAGAGAGAUUGACUUUUCAGAGAAUUUCUUAACUGGAGAGAUACCAAAGGAGCUGGGCAACAUUCCAGGCUUGAAUUUACUCUACCUCUUCCAGAACCAGCUUACAGGCCCUAUUCCUACAGAGUUGUGUGGGUUGAAAAACUUGAGUAAACUUGAUCUAUCGAUCAAUUCACUCACUGGCACGAUUCCAACUGGAUUUCAGUACAUGAGAAAUCUAAUCCAACUGCAACUCUUCAGCAAUCUGCUUUCUGGCAACAUACCUCCAAGGUUUGGCAUUUAUAGCCGUCUUUGGGUGGUGGAUUUCUCAAACAACAGUAUUACAGGGCAGAUACCGAAAGAUCUUUGCAAGCAAUCAAACCUUAUUUUGUUGAAUUUGGGGUCUAACAUGCUUACAGGGAACAUUCCUCGUGGGAUCACUAACUGUAAAACAUUGGUGCAGCUUCGUCUCAGUGACAACAGUCUGACAGGAAGCUUCCCCACUGAUCUCUGCAAUCUAGUAAAUUUGACAACAGUUGAGCUGGGUCGAAACAAAUUUAGUGGGCCCAUUCCUCCUCAGAUAGGCAGUUGCAAGUCUCUGCAAAGGCUGGACCUUACAAAUAAUUAUUUCACAUCAGAAUUGCCUCGAGAAAUUGGUAAUUUGUCAAAACUCGUUGUCUUCAAUAUCUCAUCUAAUAGACUAGGAGGAAACAUACCACUAGAAAUUUUCAAUUGUACAGUGUUGCAACGCCUUGAUCUCAGCCAGAAUAACUUUGAAGGUUCGUUGCCAAAUGAAGUUGGUAGGCUGCCGCAGCUGGAGCUACUAUCUUUUGCUGAUAAUAGGCUAACUGGCCAGAUACCAUCUAUUCUUGGUAAACUAUCACAUUUAACAGCACUACAGAUUGGUGGCAAUCAGUUGUCUGGUGAAAUACCAAAGGAGCUGGGUUUGCUGUCGAGCUUGCAGAUCGCCCUGAAUUUGAGCUACAACAACCUCUCUGGCAACAUUCCUUCAGAGCUUGGUAACCUUGCACUAUUGGAAAGUUUGUUUCUUAAUAACAACAAGCUGACUGGUGAAAUCCCAACUACAUUUGUUAAUCUGUCCAGUUUGCUUGAGCUAAAUGUCUCCUACAAUUAUCUCUCUGGUGCCCUGCCGCCAAUACCGCUUUUUGAUAAUAUGUCUGUGACCUGUUUUAUUGGAAAUAAAGGAUUAUGUGGUGGACAACUUGGUAGAUGUGGACCCCGGUCAUCCUCUAGUUCCCAGUCAUCCAACUCAGUCAGCCCCCCUUUAGGCAAGAUCAUAGCAAUUGUUGCUGCUGUCAUUGGUGGGAUUUCACUUAUUCUUAUUGCAAUAAUCGUGCACCAUAUCAGAAAACCAAUGGAGACAGUAGCCCCAUUGCAAGAUAAGCAACUUUUUCCAGCUGGUUCUAAUAUGCAUGUUUCUUCUAAGGAUGCAUAUACAUUUCAGGAGUUGCUCAUCGCUACAAAUAACUUUGACGAGAGUUGUGUGAUCGGAAGGGGUGCUUGUGGGACAGUAUACAGAGCCAUCCUGAAGGCUGGACAGACAAUUGCAGUCAAGAAACUUGCUUCUAACAGGGAAGGGAGCAACACAGACAACAGCUUUCGUGCAGAGAUCCUGACUCUUGGAAAGAUAAGACAUCGUAAUAUUGUGAAGCUUUACGGUUUUAUAUACCACCAAGGUUCCAACCUUCUACUCUACGAAUACAUGUCAAGAGGCAGUCUUGGUGAACUACUUCAUGGACAAUCAUCUUCUUCACUUGAUUGGGAGACACGCUUCAUGAUAGCCCUUGGAGCGGCUGAAGGGCUUUCAUACCUGCAUCACGACUGCAAGCCUCGUAUCAUCCACCGUGAUAUCAAAUCUAAUAAUAUAUUACUUGAUGAGAACUUUGAAGCCCAUGUUGGUGACUUUGGGUUAGCAAAGGUGAUCGACAUGCCAUACUCGAAGUCAAUGUCUGCAAUUGCAGGUUCAUACGGCUAUAUAGCACCAGAAUAUGCUUAUACCAUGAAGGUUACUGAAAAAUGUGAUAUAUAUAGCUAUGGCGUAGUGCUGCUGGAGCUGCUAACUGGGCGUGCCCCUGUGCAACCCUUAGAACUGGGAGGUGAUCUGGUAACAUGGGUGAAGAACUACAUCAGGGACAAUUCUUUGGGUCCAGGGAUCCUUGAUCAAAAUUUGGAUUUACAAGACCAAAGUGUUGUCGAUCAUAUGAUCGAGGUCUUGAAAAUUGCUUUGGUAUGUACUAGCUUGUCUCCAUAUGAGAGACCACCAAUGCGGCAUGUUGUAGUUAUGUUAAGCGAGUCUAAAGAUAGGACGAGGGUGAGCUCUGCAUCCUCACCUGCCUCUGAUGAUUCUUCAAAGAAAGAUAACUCAUCUUCCGCAUCAAUCGCCAUGGCAGCGGUGGAAGCGAAGGGGAUCCCACACGUCGUUCUCUUCCCCUUCCUGGCUCACGGCCACGUCCCUGCCUUCCUCCGCCUGGCUGGCCUCCUCCGCGCGCUCCGCCCAGGGCUCGACGUCACGUUGGUCUCCACCCCACGCCUCCUGGGCUCCCUCACGCUCCCGCCGGCGUCCCCACCCGUGCGCCUCCACGCGCUCCCGUUCGCCCCCGCCGAGCACGGCCUGCCCCCGGGCGCCGACUCCCUCUCCGACAUCCAGGUCCACCAGUUCAUCACCUUCUUCAGGGCCUCCGAGUCGCUCCGCCCCGCGUUCGAGAAAUUCGUCUCCGGCAUCGGCUCCCCAGUCUGCAUCGUCGCCGACGCCUUCUUCGGGUGGACGGCCGAGGUCGCGCGCGCGCGGGGCGCGUCCCACGCCGUGUUCCUCCCCGGCGGCGCGUUCGGCAACGCCGUGUUCUUCUCCGUGUGGGAGCACCUCCCGCACGCCGCCACGGCCGCCGACGAGUUCCCGCUGCCGGAUUUCCCAGACGUCGUCCUCCACCGCACGCAGAUCCCGAGGUACAUGCUCGCCGCCACGGGGGACGACCCCUGGACGGCCUUCUUCCGGCGCGUCAUCGCCUUCUGCCGCGAGACCGACGCUAUCCUCGUCAACACCGUCCAGGAACUGGAGCCCUCCGGCCUCGACAUGCUCCGAAGAAGCUUCGGCGUCCAACCAUGGCCAGUCGGGCCAGUCCUCGCAGCGCCGCCGACCCCGACCCCGUCGUCGGACUCGCGGGACGACGACGCCAGCAUCAUCCGGUGGCUGGACACGCACCCGCCGCGCUCGGUGCUGUACAUAUCGUUCGGAUCGCAGAACAGCAUCAAUGCGGAUCAGAUGACGGAGCUCGCGCUGGGGCUGGAAGCGAGCGGUCGCCCCUUCCUCUGGGCGCUCCGCCCGCCGGUGGGGUUCGACGCGAAGAGCGCGUUCAGGCCCGAGUGGCUCCCGGCGGGCUUCGAGGAGCGCACGGCGGCGAGGGCGAAGGCAAACACGGCGGGGCUGCUGGUGCGCGGGUGGGCGCCGCAGAUGCGGAUCCUGUCGCACCCGUCCACGGGCGCGUUUCUGAGCCACUGCGGGUGGAACUCCGUCCUGGAGAGCCUGUCCCGCGGCGUGCCGCUCAUCGGGUGGCCGCUGGGCGCCGAGCAGUUCUUCAACGCGAAGCUCGCGGUGGAGUGGGGCGUCUGCGUGGAGGUGGCGCGCGGGAACCUGGAGAGCUCCGCGGUGGAGAGCGGGGCGGUGGCCGAGGCCGUGCGGGCGGUGAUGGGGGAGACGGCGAAAGGCGAUGAGAUGAGGAGGAAGGCGGUGGCGAUCGCGCGCAUCAUGGAGGCUGCGUGGGAAGCGCCGGGCGGGUCGGCGGCGCAGAGCCUGGAAGGGUUCCUGAGAUGCGUUGAGACGUCCAUCCAUGGGUGCGCGAGGAAUCAAGAGUUUUGUAACACAUGUAGCCGUGGAACCUGCAAUAAGUAUGCGCGGGAAAUCUGAAGGCAACCGAUGAAAAAGCUGUGAGAAAUUCAAAAAGGGCAUCAGCUGCUUACCAUCCCAAACAAAUGUCUAUUCUGUGGGUUCUCUACUGCAAAUAGGAUUACUUUCAGUGAACAAGCAUGCAAUGAUGUAGUAUCCAUUGGUAGUCUAGCUGAUUUGGCACCCGUUCGUGAAUGCCAGCCCACUUCCAAUUUCAAAGGGAUUUCGGUGCCCCCAUGUGAUGUGGGAACUAGAAUAUGUUCAGCAAACGCUGCCUAAUCUCUGCAUCAGUCCAUCUCCAGGCAGCGAAAGGCAGAAAGCAGAAGUACCUGGAUGCAGUUCAUUGUCCAUCCAAUUCAGAUCCGUAGCCAAAGAUAUGCUGCACUUAACUUUUCCUGUACGAGCCUCAAGAAAGAACACAGAUUCCUUGUCCAGAGGCAAAGCCCGCGUGAAGGUUACAGCGAAAAUGGACAGAACGGGAAGGCACGAGGCUGCACGACUAUAUGCAGUUGAUGCGUCAGUGUUAGCAACCCCAAUCCUGGGCAAUUGAAUCUCACAACGACAGUAUCUAGAAGGCUCUAGAAGGAGGUAGGAAUCUGGGUACAAGAGAGUUGGGAAGAAGAACAGUAAAGUACUUGCAAUAAACUAGAGAAGAUAAUAUGCUUUCUGAUAA